GCCAGGGCUGGGGCUGAGCUCCAGGCAGCAGGAGGAGCGAGGGGUAUCACAGGGGAAUCCCCCCCAGCCCGCAGGGCGGGCGGUGCUUGGCCAUUUACUCUCCUCUGAAAAGCUGGGGCUGGGGCUCGGGCUCGUUCUCUCGCUGCAGGCUCUGGUCACACAUUAAAGAUCCCCCUGCAACCUUGGCCUGGUGUCCCCCCUGUUCAUCCCCCCACAGGGAAGGGAGCCAUGCAGAGUUGUUCCCACCCCGGCCCCAUGUACAGUGCUUCAGCCAGGGUCCCCUUCCUGCCGCCUGUGCGUCUAUGCCUAACCCAUCCCUGUUUGGACCCCCUUCCCCACAGGGACCCUUGGCCUUUCCCCAGAGGGGAGCUAGAGGCUAAAAAGGCCUGGGGGCCCUGAGCCGUUGCCACUGAGAGGGAAUGAGCAGUGGGGCUCUUGAGACUCCUUCCAGUCAGAGAGUCCCCUCUCCCCCCAUCCCGACCCAGCUGUGCUCUGCCUGGGGCAUCAGCCAGACUAAGCUCCCCGACAGGCCAAGUGCCUCGAGCCCGACAGGGAAGGCUGCAGCCAGCCCCUUACAGGGACAGAGGAAUCAGCAGUGGUCAGCUGGGGCUAUGCCCUGGCCAGCCUGGAGCGGCCCACGCUGCCAGACGCCUUCUCCACAGGGCCCUCCAGCCAGCUCCCCUGGGCCAUUCCCCCACCCUGCUCCCUAGCCCCACCUUCCUAGAGGUCUGCUCGGGCACAGCUGACCCCACCCAGCCCAAGAGUGAGUCGAGUCCUUUUCACACCUGCCCCUGUCCCUGCUCCCCACACCGCAUACCCAUGAACCGUCUCCAGCUGCCUUGCCCGUGGGGUCAACACAGCAGGCUGCUGCAUGCCCCAUUCCUGCCAGCCCCAACCCCCCGCUGCACUGUGGGUGCUGUGGGCUCCUCAGCACACUCACUCCGCAUGGCAUCGGCACAGUGAGUUGGUGGCAGCUGGCAGGAGCGGGACACACGGCUGCUGCCUCCCUGACCCCCCGGGCAGGAGGAGUGAGCAGACCCAAUCCGAACCCAACCCUUGCAGGCUGGCCCCUCGGGCUGCAAGGCUCUGCUCCCCACCUCUUGCCAGCAGGGGCCAAUGCACCUGUAAGGGCAGCUGGCAGAAAGUAUUGGGUCUGGGGUAAUUGCCCUAGAGUCCCCAGCUGAGAGCAGAGCCCUUGUGGUGGGUACUGUCCAGCUGGCACGGCUGGCCCCAGCUAUAUGUGCAAGCCACCAAUGCAGAGCUCCACGCAGGACCUGUUUGUCUAGGAGUGGGAAGGAGGGCAGCUCCCUGCAUUGCCUGGCAGCUCUUAAUACGCUCCCAUGGGGCUCUGCAGAGCCUGCCUCCAACCCCAACCCCCCUGCCCAUUUAGGGCUGGCCAGGAGCUGGGGCUGAAUGGUGCUGCUGGGAGCUCCCCAAAUGGUCCCACCACUCCUUUGCCAGCAUGCUGCAGGCCCAUUUCACUGCCCAUCACUGGUUGCUAAAGAGAGUAUAAAAUACUGCAGACUGGUCGCCAGGGCAUAAAAACACCAGCUCCCACCAGCCCAGCCCCUGCCGCUCCCCCGGAGUACAAGGGCUGCACAGGGUUACCAGGAGCAUGCUAGGGGCUCUCCAGCCCCAGCCACUGUGCUGCCUGCCCUGGGGAACAGGCUAGGCCUCCAGGCUAGAGGAGAUCCCCAGGAAGGAGGGCGUAAGACCCUGCACCACUAUUCUCGGGUGAAUCCCUGCUCUAGGCUGGGUCCCAACGUGGGGUUGGCCCGCAAUUCUGGUAGGUCAGUUAAUGCGCGGACGGUGUGAAGUCUGCCCCUGCAAAGCUUGUUUGCUCACUGCGGAGAGGAAACCCCAGGGGUCUGGCACCAAGCAAUGGUCCCUGGCUUGGCGACCUUACCAAGGGGCUUCGUCCCCUCCUUGGACCUAGGUUGUCUAUCUGGAAAAUGGGGCUACCUCUUCCCAGAGGCUGAAUCCACUAGCAAGCGGGAGGUAAUAGGGGGACAGGGACAAACCAGGCCUAGUCCUGCCAUUCCCUUCAUCCAGAGCAGUGGGGCCCUUUACAGAGCUGCAUUCCUCCACAUUCCCAGCUCUGGGGGUAGCACCGGCCUCUUCUCUCCAAUCACUGCACUGUCCCGCUGGCAGGCCCUGUUAAUUAUUCGCAAACAGCAGAGAAGGAGUCUGGCCCUGCCCCAGCCUGCGCCUCCACCUGGCUUGCUCCUCAUUCCCAGCAGUGCGCCAGCAGGGACGAGCACUGCUUAUCACAUCUGCCCUAGCUCUGCGGGCAAGGAGAGGUUCUAUGAGCCAGUGGGCCCCUCCGCUCACUGGGUGUCUCCAUCUCCCCUAGCCAGAGAGAGCUCCCACCCAGGAAUGCUACAGCCACUGAUUUGGGGAGGCCAACCUGUGACCCCCUGUGCCUGGUUUUCAGUGGGGCUGAGUACCUUACCUGCAGCUUGAUAGCAAGGUGAGCCACAGCCACACAGCCCCGCCUCUGGAAAUCAGGCCCCAGGUGCCCAAGCUGGUUACCCAAGCGCUGAGUUUCCAGGAUCGGGGCCAUUUUACAUGCAACUGCCUGUGCCAGGAGCAUGCUGCUCUCCUCCUUUCACCACCCUCCACCCCUCAGGAACCCAGAUGCAAUAACCUCGCACAUUCUGGAGCCCUGCCCCCACCAAGGCAUGUGCAAACACCACCUGAAUCCCGUCAUCCAGCAGUGAAAUGCCGCCACCUCUGGGGGUAGAAUGCAACAGGUGUUUGACAGAGCCCAGCAAUGUUAUCAUCCACCAGCUGGGAACUCCCAGGAUGUGGAUGGGGUGGAGGGCAGGCAGGCAGGUGGAACCCAGGAGUUCUGCACCCAGGCUUGUGCUUCAAUCUCAAGAGCUAGUCCCUUCUCCACUGGGACGCAGGGAGUAGCCAGGAGGACCCUGCUCUGCUGUGAGGAACAAAAUUCAUCGAGUAGCACAGAGCAAACCAAACCCACAGACAGAGUGUGCCAAAGGGCAGCCUCCUACAGUAAAGGCUGUUUCCCCCACAAGGGGCUGGCGUGUCAGGUUCUCAGGCCAGCAUCCAAAGGAGCGUGAAGCACUAGGUUAUGCAAAGAGCCGUUCCCACGAGCUCAGCUCGGGCCAGGUUUCCUUUCACGUCACCUGCCAAAGCUGUUGCUGAAGGAUGAAUGAGGUCCUCGCCCAACUCACAGCCUCUGCCCAGUAGCUGAGGCAAUAGGCCUCAUCCUGCUAGUUCUUACUACAUGGGAUUACAAGUUGUGGGGGAGAAGGGGUUAAUAGUUCCUGAUGUGCAAUACCCCAGCAGCCCUAGGCCUAGCCCUACAAUGAAAGUGCAGGAGGAAGAGAGCCAAGGAGAUCUCCCAAGGGUGAUAAAGGGGGGGCAGUCAGCACCAACUCAGCCUGGAUCGCUCCAGGGCUGAAUCCCCUAGGGCCACUACUCCACCCGAACCUCCUCAGUCUCACCUGGAACAGCUACUGCAUCAUCCAGCCUCCUGCCACACGCACCCCAGGGCCUCGCUCCUGCACCCACAACCCCUGGCACCUACAUGGAGCCAGCUGCAGGCUCAGGACCUGGCUUGGUAGCACCUCUAGCCUCAAGCACAUCCAGCUGCAAAGAACACCAGCUAUCUUCACAUUCCUGGAUGGCACCUCCCGUUCUCUGGAGGGCCACAGGCUUUAACGCAGCCUCACGCUGUCUCCACCUCCCUUCAGCGCAGGUGGGAACCUCCUGGCAUGCACCCCCCCUUUGCUUUACAGAGAGAAGGUAAGCACGUGGGCUGCCAGCUGCUAGCCCAGCUCAGGGGAACCGGCUUGCGGGGGAAGCUCUGAGGUGAGCAGCCAUUGUGAACGCAUGGCACCUUGUACCACCGACACUUGCUACCAGGUACUAGGGCCUGAUUCUCCCUGGCCCCAGCUGUGCAGUGGUGUAGCCCUGUUGACUUCAUUGCAGUGCCUCCUCAUUUACACCAGCGUGGGUGAAAUCUGAAUCAGCCCUGUGAGCCCCGCACACAUACACGCGCACCUCGCCCAGGUGUGAAGGACCCCAUGGGGCUGGGGGGGGCAGCAGGCUCAGGGAGGUGUGAGUCUGUGUGGACAGAAGCUUUGGAGCAUGACCGUGUGAGUGGAGGGGGCAGGCGAUCUAGUUACACAGAAUUCCCAGGAACCAGUCAGCUGCAGCGACACCACGAGUUGCUCUUUAACCAACUCCCCUGUGAAUGAUCUACUCUGCUGCUGCCCUGCCCUGAGCCGAGAGGGAGCACGGGGGCACCGCCUGGAAUUCAGCUCCAGGAGUAAGCCAGGCAGCCAUUCCCCAGGAUGCCGAAGAAGCCCUUCACCAGCCAGCACAGUGCAAGGCAGAGAGCCGGGGAGCAGUGCUGUGAGUGGGACCCUCCUGCUCACUCCAGGCUGGGCUCAGGCAGAGCGUCAGAUAAUCGGCCAUUUUAUUAAGUGUUUCUUCCCUAGCUCCAUCUCCCUGGAGCAGGGUCCCACCCCCUUUGCCCAGAUAAGAGCAAACUCCAAUUGCAUCCACUCCCUGGUGCUCCACGUGGGCGGUGCUGCAAGCUGGGCAGGUAGGCUGUGCCCAAGAUUGGCACCUCACACUCUGUUCUAACAAUACAGCCUUCCAGACCCGCUCCAGCCCUUCACGCCUAGUGCAUGCCAGCCUGGGCCAAGCUUUGUGGGCGAGAGUGCCUGAAUUUCUUGCCUUCCCACCUGGCUCUGCAGUUUGAGAGGCAAAGGCUGCUGCAGUUGGCACAGGUUGCUGGGGUUCUCUCAUGCCCAGAGCAUCAUGCCAGUCGUCGAGCUGAAUUUUCGCUCCUUGAUCAUCCCUGUGGGGAUUGUCCGGUUCUUUGAGAUCUUCCUGUCCUGCACGGCCUUCAGUCUGGCGGCUGCUUCCGGCCACUUCCAAGGAACCUAUGGGACCUGGUGCAUGUUCACCUGGUGCUUCUGCUUCUUGGUGUCCAUGCUGAUCGUGGUGCUGGAGCUGUUUGGCUUUUCUGAGAAGCUGCCGCUGUCCUGGGAUGACUUCACCAGCGCCUUCGCCAUGCUGGCGGUGCUCAUGAUCUUCACCUCUUCCAUCAUAUACCCUUCCACCUUCAUCACCGACAUUUGCUCUGACAACAAAUGUGCUUAUCAGGCAGCAACUACAGCCAUGUCCUGCGUCUGUUUCAUUGCCUACACCAUCGAGGUUGGACUGACCCGAGCCAGGCCUGGAGACAGGAGCAGCUUCCUCACCACUGUCCCUGGCCUCCUGAAGGUGUUUGAAGCCUACGUGGCUUGUCUUAUCUUCUCCUUGGUGAGUGAACCCAAGACAUAUAAAACCGAACCCGGCCAGCUAUGGUGCAUAGCUGUCUACAGCAUCUGCUUCAUUGUCACGCUGUUCAUCAUCAUCCUCACCAUCGGCCGGUGUCUCACCUACAUUCCCUUCCCUUUGGAGAAAGUCCUGGUGGGUUACAACGCCUUGGCUGUACUCCUGUACCUGACGGCUGCCAUCAUCUGGCCCGUCUUCAACUUCAGAGGGAACCCCAGACCCAGUUCAGGUGACAGCCUUCACUUUUGGAACAGACGGCUGGGCGUGACCUUCCUCACCUUCUUCAACCUCAUCGCCUACAUUGUCGACCUGGUGUACUCCUCCAAGAUGGUCUUCGUGACCAGUACGGCCUAACAGAGCGUUAUCAGCCAUGCGCACCUUCGGGGGUACGGUGGGAACCAUCAGCACUGAAGUAGUGGGAAGGGACCGGGGCUGCCCGUCGCACAGGGGGAACUGCUUUGGCCUCAGCUGUUUUGCAUUUCUUCCCCCACAUCCUAGCCUUCUUGGCAUGUCCAUGCACCAGGGGCUUCUGUGUGUAUUUGAUUUGGCUGCUGCUCCAGGAGCUGCAGGUGGCUACUGCUGGGGCCCAGGUGCUGCUGCAGGGAAUCAGGGCGUUCCUUGCAGGACAUGUCGGGAGGGGAAGGGACAGAAGGUGCUGCCUGUUGCCCGGGUGUACAGCAACCUGUGAGUGAGCCGCAGAAGGGCGGGGAGGUCAGGAAUGGGGGGAUCCCAAUCCAAAGCCCACUGAAGCGAAUGGGAGACUUUGCAUUGAUUUCAACCUGUGUUGGAUUGGGCCCUGGAAGCCCAAGGCGCAUCGGGGGCUGGGGCUGAGGCUGGGUUACUGAGUCCUGGCUAGUUAGUGUGUUAUGAUGCUGCGACUCAGAGAAACUUUCCUGUGCCUCAAACUCUGGUCUGAAGGCAGGUAAACAGCGCCCAGGGCUCCCACCCUCCCUCCAGGAAAUGAACUUUCAAAGGCUGUGGCUAUGCAAACAGAGGUGUGUGUGCUUAGAGGGCUGGGUACCGGGCUGGGGAGGGGAGCAUGUCAGGGUCUGCAGCAAGCAGGGUGUGGCAGGUAGGAAUGGCUGACUGCAGAGGGGUGACACCGGCAUGGCCAGCCCCAAGGGUGUGGAGCUAUUUUAUGAUCAGUCAGGCUAGUGUUCAUAGACCUACUAUCUGAGGGUCUCACCCUUCCGGGAAAGCUCCCCCCUCACCGGCCCCAUUAGGCCUAAAAUCCAACCUGCAACACAUGACCCCAUAAGACACCCUCACUGCUCAGCCGGGCCUCCACUUUCCCUCCCGAUCCCUGGGGCAUGGGAGCUGCCAUUCUAUCCUCCUCCCUACCUAAUGGGCAGCUUCCGCAUUCGUGCUCCCCUCUACUUCCCCAUAUUCGCCUGAGCCACACCCCACCUCAGUCUGGCACCGCACCGUUCCCUCCCUGUCCCCUUUGGCAGCCCCAUUCCCGGGUCGCCACAUUCUCCAGCCUGACCCUCACAUGGCCACUCCCACUCCUGCGGGCAGCUUGGCUUCUUCCCCGCUGGGAGCAAUGGGAGGUGGUGGCCAUUCCUGCUGGGGGAACUGAAGGUGUUUGUUCACCUGCAGUGUCAAAGGGACAUGGCAGCCACCUUGCUGAGGGCAGCCUGUGGCUUUGGCCCUGCUGACAGUGAUGGGAGAUGGCCGCCAUUUAGAACAGGGCUAAACUGGAAGGCAAAAAUGAAACAAAAUUUGUGCAAACCCGUACAUGUGUAUACAGAACAUUGCAAGGCUUGCCGUCAAACCAGGGGGGGCUGGCACCGGGCCUGGCUUUAAGCUCUGUGUGUGCACGUCUAUGCACAGCUAUAUGUGAAUCCACCCACGUGUUUCUUCCCAUUCUUUUUCAGUCAGCAAAAAGUGCAUCAGCAUGCACGCAGUGUGAGUGCCCCCUGCCAAAGCAGUGCAUUGUCUCCAGGGGCAGCUUCACGUUACAGCUUUAUAGUCUUCCUGAAACCUGAGCGAGCUGUCCUCGUUCCCCAGGACAGAAGUUUAAAGAUGAUGCGCAAAGGAAGUUUUUUAAAUGGAGCUUUUGCUCUUUUUUGGCUGCUUUAUGAUUGCAAAAAGGGAGAGCGAGAGAGCGAGUUUUCCUGCUUGUUUUGUACUUUAGAAAUCUCAGGACGGUCAUGUCUGGUCUCCCUGGUUUUGUUGACGGGUGCGGGGGGCCUCAGGGAUAUAUAGUGUGAGCUCUCACAGCAGAAGCGAAGGGCUGGGUGUGUUGAUCUUUAGCGGCAAAGGCAGCCUUUCUUCAGAAUGUUAAUUUGUCAUUGGAGUUAAAUAUGCCUGAAAACCACCCCCAUCCUCCCAUCGAAACCCCCCAAAACAGUCUGAUUAGACAUUCCUUCAUCUCACCCGCUCAGGUACUCAGCUUUCGCUCUCUUGGCUUUUGCGAUCUCAUCAUUUCGCAAGUUCUCCUGUCACCAUCGAAUCUUUCCAAGCUAGACAGGACUUGAAUUGAAUUGUGAAAAGCAGAAUUUUUUUUUUCAAUGACAAACCCUUUCAGACCGUCUUUCUCCAUCAUAAAGAAGCAGUAAAAGAACACAAGGCUAAUGUAUUGUACACUUUGCCAGGUCACCUUUGGGCUGUGACCUGGAGAGAGGCUGGGGAAGGCUCAGUUCAUGGUUUCUCCUUUGGCUAGUAUCAGCCCGUCCAAGAAAAACUGAGUCAACAUGAUGAGGAAAGGGUUACAGAAGUUUCCGCAGGAAAGAGUAUCCCACCUCUAGUGAUUAAACUGAUUAAACUCUGUCCAAGCCAAGUGGAGUGAGAUCAUGAAGACUGCAAACCCGUGGAUGGAAAACCCUUCCCUGCCUGCAGCAUUGUCAAGGUGCUAACACAGUCCCGAGCCUUGGACUAAGCCAGCAAUCCCAGGCAGCGCGCAGGAAGGGCUCAGACGCAGUGGGAUCCUUACCAUGUAUGGAGCCGUAACUAGGCCUGGGACGAGCAAGCCUAUUUGUGCCCUGUAUCGUUUUGUUUUGUCAUUUUUCUGACACAUUUUUCCGCCCCCACCCCGGCUUUGCACCCUGGGCAGCUGCCCCACUUGGCCCGCCCUGGUUACGGCCCAGACCGUGCACAUCACAGGCGUGUGUUGAUUGUUUCUGGGGUCAGGUGCACACUGUAAAUAAAGUUUACUAGCACGGACUGACAGUU